AAAUGAAGAGGUAGAGAAAUGCUAUCAAAAUAAAGGCUGGAAUCAAUAUGAAGAAAUAUUCCUCUGGACUCCAGAAGCUAAUGUGGAAAUGAAACAAGCCGAAGGCCUUGCUUGCAGAAAACGCCUGACUGGGCAUUUGUCACUAAAUGUGCCCAUCGUAGCUCACACUGGAUUGAAGACAUCUGAGUAUUUGGGAUCAGAAGAAAAGUUGUAUAAGUGUAAUGAACAUGGAAGAACCUGCAGUGAUUUCCACUCCUUUCAGAAAGAUGCAAAGACAAAGACUGGAAAGAAACCCUAUGAAUAUGAUCAAUGUGAGAAAUCCUACACUGAUCUUAGUGAAAGAACUCACCUUAGAGAGGAGACCUUUGUGUAUAAGGAAAACUUGAAAGCCUCCAGCACACCCAAUGAGAUUCAGAUCCAUGAAAAAAAACAAAAAAGAGCGAACCCCUAUGUAUGUAAGCAAUGUGGGAGAGUUUUUAGUACGCAAGGUCAUUGUAAAAUACAUGAAAGAAUUCACACUGCGGAGAAAUUCUGUGUAUGUAAGCAAUGUGGGAAAGCUUUGAGCACACAUAGUGAUCAUCAAGUACAUGAAAGAGCUCACACAGGGGAGAAACCCUAUGUAUGUAAGCAAUGUGGAAAAGCUUUUAGCACACAUACUGAUUGUCUAAAGCAUGAAAGAAUUCACACUGGGGAGAAACUCUGUGUAUGUACGCAUUGUGGGAAAGCUUUUAGUACACAGCAUUAUUGUAAAAUACAUGAAAGAAGUCACACUGGAGAGAAACCCUAUGUAUGUAAGCAGUAUGGAAAAGCUAGUAUACAAGCUUGUUGUAAAAUGCAUGAGAGAAUUCACACAGAGAAGAAACCCUAUGUAUGUAAGCAAUGUGGAAAAGCCUUUCGUACACAAGGUCAUUGUAAAAUACAUGAAAGAACUCACACAGGGGAGAAACCCUAUGUAUGUAAGCAAUGUGGGAAAGCUUUUGGUAAACAAUGGCAUUAUAAAAUGCAUGAAAGAACUCACACAGGGGAGAAACCCUAUGUAUGUAAGCAAUGUGGGAAAGCUUUUGGUAGACAGUGUCAUUAUAAAAUACAUGAAAAAACUCACACGGGGGAGAAACCCUAUGUAUGUAAUCAGUGUGGGAAAGCUUUUAGUACACGAGGUUCUUGUAAAACACAUGAAAGAGCUCACAGUGGAGAGAAACCCUAUGUAUGUAAGCAUUGUGGGAAAGCUUUUGGUACACAGUAUCGUUAUAAAAUACAUGAAAGAAAUCACACUGGGGAGAAACCCUAUGCAUGUAAGCAUUGUGGGAAAGCUUUUAGUACACGAGGUUCUUGUAAAACACAUGAAAGAACUCACAGUGGAGAGAAACCCUAUGUAUGUAAGCAUUGUGGAAAAGCCUUUAGUACACAAGGUUGUUGCAAAACGCAUGAAAGAACUCACACAGGGGAGAAACCCUAUGUAUGUAAGCAAUGUGGGAAAGCUUUUGCUACACAAUGUCGUUAUAAAAUACAUGAAAGAGUUCACACAGGAGAGAAACCCUAUGUAUGUAAGCAUUGUGGGAAAGCUUUUGGUACACAGUAUUGUUAUAAAAUACAUGAAAGAAAUCACACUGGGGAGAAACCCUAUGUAUGUAAGCAUUGUUGGAAAGCUUUUAGUACACAAAGUUGUUGUAAAAUACAUGAAAGAACUCACACAGGGGAGAAACCCUAUGUAUGUAAGCAAUGUGGAAAAGCUUUUAGUGUACAAGCUUGUUGUAAAAUGCAUGAGAAAAUUCACACAGGGAAGAAACCCUAUGUAUGUAAGCAAUGUGGAAAAGCCUUUGGUAGACAAGGUAAUUGUAAAAUACAUGAAAGAACUCACACAGGGGAGAAACCCUAUGUAUGUGAGCAUUGUGGGAAAGCCUUUGGUACACAGUAUUGUUAUAAAAUACAUGAAAGAAAUCACACUGGGGAGAAACCCUAUGUAUGUAAGCAUUGUGGGAAAGCUUUUGGUACACAGUAUCGUUAUAAAAUACAUGAAAGAAAUCACACUGGGGAGAAGCCCUAUGUAUGUAAGCAUUGUGGAAAAGCUUUUAGUACACGAGAUUCUUGUAAAAGACAUGAAAGAAGUCACACUGGAGAGAAACCCUAUGUAUGUAAGCAAUGUGGAAAAGCCUUUAGUACACAAGGUUGUUACAAAACGCAUGAAAGAACUCACACAGGGGAGAAACCCUAUGUAUGUAAGCAAUGUGGGAAAGCUUUUGGUACACAAUGUCAUUAUAAAGUACAUGAAAGAACUCACACAGGAGAGAAACCCUAUGUAUGUAAGCAAUGUGGGAAAGCUUUUGGUACACAGUAUCGUUAUAAAAUACAUGAAAGAACUCACACAGGGGAGAAACCCUAUGUAUGUAAGCAAUGUGGAAAAGCUUUUAGCACACAUAGUGAUUGUCUGAAACAUGAAAGAAUUCACACUGGGGAAAAACCUUAUGCAUGUAAGCAGUGUGGAAAGGCUUUUAGCAGCCACAGACAUUGUCAAGAACAUGAAAGAACUCACACUGGGGAGAAACCCUAUGUAUGUAAGCAAUGUGGAAAAGGUUUUAGUACACGAGGUUCUUGUAAAAUCCAUGAAAGAACUCACACUGGGGAGAAACCCUAUGUAUGUAAGCAAUGUGGAAAAGGUUUUAGUAGACAGUAUUAUUGUAAAGUACAUGAAAGAAUUCACACAGGGGAGAAACCCUAUGUAUGUAAGCAAUGUGGAAAAGCUUUUAGCACACGUACUGGUUGUCUAAAGCAUGAAAGAAUUCACACUGGGGAGAAACCCUAUGUAUCUAAGUAAGCAUUGUGGGAAAGCUUUUAGUACACGAGGUUCUUGAAAACACAUGAAAGAAGUCACACAGGAUAAACUUUAUGUAUGUAAGCAAUAUGGAAAAGCUUUUAGUAAACAAGAGUAUUGUAAAAUACAUGAGAAAACUCACACUCAGGAGAAACCCUAGGUAUGUACACAGUGUGGGAAAGCUUUUAGUACACAAGGUUAUUGUAAAAUAGAUGAAAGAAGUCACAAAGGGGAGAAACUAAGCAAUGUGGAAAAGCUUUUAAUAUACAACAUUACUAUAAAAUAUAUGAAAGAAUUUACAUUGGAGAGAAGCCCUGUGCAUCUGAGUAAUGUACAAAAGCUUUUAGUACACCAGGUUAUUAUAAAAUACAUGAAAGACCUCAGACUUUGCAUUAAUUUUGUAUAUUUAAGCAAUAUGGGAAAGCUGUCAGCAUUCAUGAUGUUUGCCGAAGACAUAAAAGAACUCACAAUGGAGAGAAACCAUAUUAUGUAAGCAAUGUGGGAAUACUUUCAGUACACAUACGUAUUGUCAAAUACAUGACAGAACUGGCCUGCACUACACAGGUGAAUUUGAGGCCAGCCUGCACUAUAUACUAACACCCUGUCAGAAAAAACACAUGACAGCAGCCUAUUUUGAAUAUGCUGUGAGAAUUUAUGCAGUGGACACCUGUAGGAAUAAUUAGUACAGAAAGCUUAUUGUCAGCAUUUCUCCAUAAAAUUUCCAGUAAAUAUAUACAUUAUAUGUUUUUCAGUAAAUUACUUAAAUAUCUGGAUUACAAAUAUGCAGUGUUUAAUAUAAAAAUAUUGAAUUGACAUUAGAUAUUUUUAAGUGUCUUUGAGCUUGGUACAUAGUGUCUUAUAAUUAAACAUGGUGAAUUUAAAUAUAUUUUUUACUUUCAAGUAGAGUUAAUAUUUACAUAGUUUUUGUUUAGUCUUUACAGUUGGGAGGUAUAGCGCUCACUUCAGCAGCACAUAUAUAAUUGUGAGGUAUGGGCCACUAAAAAACUUAAUGUUGUUAAUGCUGUUUGGUAGUCAUUAGGAUUUUGCCACUAUCUUUGUUGGAAAUUUUUUGUAUGUAUACUCUGUAUUCUGUGUAACAAAAACUAUUUGUAAUUUAAAUGCAUAUUUUAUAUUAAGAUAUAUAUUUUGA